AUGGCCAUCUCCCACCCCUCCAACGUCCACACAAUCCAAGAUCCCACCUUCACUAUUCUCCUCGACCAGUUGCGCGACCGCAGUCUCAAACCCUCCACCAUCCGAACUCUAGUACACGACGCCGCCUCCACAAUCGCGCAAAACAUCACCCUCAAGGCCCCCGGUAACGAAACACUCGCAAUUAUCGUGGUCCUGCGCUCCGGCCUCGCCAUGUUCGAGGGCUUCAUGAAGAACGUCCCCGCAGAAGUCUCAACCGCCGUCUACCACAUGGGGAUCUUCCGUGAUGAAUCGUCCCUCCAGCCCGUCGAGUACUAUAAUAAGUUGCCGACGAAACCGGAGCACAUUAAACAGGCGAUUGUGUUGGAUCCGUUGAUUGCAACGGGAGGUACGGCGGGCGCGGUGGUGGAUAUUUUGAGGGAGUGGGGAAUCGAUAAAAUUACUUUCCUGUCGUUGCUGUCGACACCUGUUGGCUUGGAUCGUGCUGCGAAGGUGUGGCCUGAGUCGACGGAAUUUGUGGUUGGCGCGGUCGAUCCGGGUCUGGAUGAUAAGGGGUAUAUUGAACCGGGUGUGGGAGAUAUUGGGGAUAGGUUAUUUGGAACGUCGUUCUAA